AGGGAAAAAAAUCAUAAGCCUUUCUCUCUCAAGAACAAAACACAGUUGCCUCUUUUCAUGGAGACCCCACUUUAUAAUUUAUUUUUGUUUCUUUUUCUAGUGAUAAAACCUGCGCUGAAACUCUGUGUUUGAUUUCUCUCUCUUCACUUCUGUCUUUGAGAAAACCCUAGUUUUUUUUUCUCUCUCUCUGGGAGAUCUUUACUACUGUGUUGUAGUUUUCAGACAAAGUGGUCCAGCUUUUUGGUGAAGAACAGAAGCUUUACUGUAAAUCUAUCCUUUGUGUAUUUGCAGAUCGGAGCUUCUUUUAAAGUUUAUGGAAUUUACUUUCUCGCUCUAGAAAUAUUUCUAGAGGAGAGAGAGCGAGAGAGGAAGGAAAGAAAGGAAUGGAUUCUGGCAACAGUGGGAGCCUUCACUCGUCGAGUGGUGGCGAUGAGGAGUACGAUUCACGCGCCGCCGCGGCGGACUCUGUCUCUGCUUUCAUGAGUGGUGGUGGUGGUGGUGGCGGAGCCGUUAAUCUGCCGCCGUUUUUCGACCCGGUUUCGAACUAUCUUCAGCUCCACCAAAACCCCAAUUUUUCGUUUCUGAAUCCAAGCCUCGCAUGGCCCAGAAAUUCCACCGCCGCCGCUCCAAGAUCCGACCCGAACCCGAACCCGAACCCGAACCCGAACCCCAUCACUCAUCACGACGCCACCACCACCACCAACAACAACCCCAUGCUUCCAAAUUCUCCGCCCUUCAUGCCAUCUUUCCGUCCUCCGCCGGCGCGGGUCGCCGGCGGAGCCGACCUUGCGCUGCCGCCGCCGCAGCAAAGACAGAACCAGAAUCAGAAUCAGCCCGCGGCGGCGCGUAACCCGAAGAAAAGAUCUCGAGCAUCAAGACGGGCGCCGACCACCGUGCUGACGACUGACACCACCAAUUUCAGAGCCAUGGUUCACGAAUUCACCGGAAUUCCCGCCCCACCCUUCAACAACAACAACAACUCCUCUUUCCCGAGGAGCAGGUUCGAUCUUUUCGGCACCACCACCACCCACCUCGACGCGCCGCCGUACCUCCGCCGUCCCCCAAAAAACGACCAAUUUGGCCAUGGCGGCGGCGGCGGCCAUGGCGGCGAUCAUGUAAUAAUUUCUGCAACUGACGUCAUCAAUAGUAAUAAUAAUAAUGCAGCAAUCUGGCACAGUAAUAAUCCGGAUGCAGAUAAAGACGACCGGAUUAAUCUCAACGGCGCCGGAUCAUACAACUUUCCGGCGGGGCCGGAUAACAACGCCGCCGCCGCCGCCGCGGCGUCCAGAGGAGAAGGUAUGGUGGAAUCAUGGAUAUGUUCGUCAGAUUAG